CCCUUCCUUGGGCUUGCGCCACCAGUGCAGAGGCCAGACUACAAUUCCCAGAAGGCAGCGCGCGGCCCAUGCCUGAGUUCUUAUGGGGGGCCGGGGAGAGAGCCCUGGAGCUCCCAGGGUGCAACGCGCCAGCCCAGGCAAGGUGCUGUGAGCUGUUUGGGUGUCAGAAGUGCUCGCGCUGGAGUCGCUGCAGCCUCUGGGAUGGCGGGGAUCCUUGCUGCCCGUCCUCACCAGCACUUCUCUGCAUCCUGCAGAAGGUAUCUCCAGAACGACAUUUCACCGGGAUGGUGGAGGAGGGACCUUGGCUUGUCGUCUUCUACGAGGAUUCUCCCCAGGCCAUAUCCCUGGGGCCAGCCAAUUCCUCGGACCCUGCUCUGGGCAACGCGGCCCAGAUGGCUGACAGUUUUCGCUCCUCCUCAACGGGCCCAGGAUCAGAAGUCCAACACCGAGGAGUUCCGACUGAUUUACAGGUUUCCGGGGAUCAGGUACUGCAGGGCCAUCUCGAGGCUGAAGCUGCUUCAGACGGCUCUCACCGUGGCCAUCCUCCCACCCAUGUGGUUCUUUUACUGGCAGGACCAAGUCACCCAAGCCCAAUGCCUUUAUAGCACAGCGAUCGCUUGCUUUGCCGCCGCCAUGCUGUACGGCAUGAGCUUCUAUCUGCGGCGUAUCAUUGGCAUGAUGUACCUCAGCCGAGAUGGCUCUGUGUUGAAAAUCGCGCACCUGACCUUUUGGGGAGGGAGGAGGGACAUCUCCUGUCCGGUCCGGUCCGUGAUGACCUUGGGAGACACCGGCGAGAACCCGAACGAACUCCUGCUCCGGUUUAAGCAAUUUGACAAAGAGCAGUUCCUGUAUUUUACGCUCCGCUUUGGGCAAGUUGUGGACCGAGAGGGCUUUGUGAAAGUCUUUGGCUCCCUUGGGUAGCUCUCGGUGGAGUGGAUUCUCAGAUUGGUUCUAUAAGCCCGGCUAUUCCAGCAGUAUAGUAUUCCAGGAAGUCAUUUCCGCAUUAAAGAUUAAAGUCAUAAGAACACCCAAGGAGGCCCAUCUAGUCCAGCAUCCUGUUUCCCACACUGGCCCACCAGAUGCCACUGGGAGCCUACAGGCAGGAGAUGAGGGCAUGCCCUCUCUCCUGCUGUCACUCCCCUGCAACUGGUACUCAGAAGCAUUCUGCCUCUGAGGCUAGAGGUGGCCUUUAGCCCUCCGACUAGUAGCUGUUGAUAGACCUCUCCUCCAUGAAGUUAUCCAAACCCCUCUUCAAGCCAUCCAGGCUGUUGGCUGUCACAUCUUGUGGCAGAGAAUCCCACAAGUGGAGUAUGUGUUGUGUGAAAAAGUACGCAGUAUGAGAUGAUGCCUUUGCCUCAUGCUCACUGGGCAAAGAGGCACCUUUUUCACGUGGUGAUUCUCUUUAUUUAGCAGGAGGAGAGUAACUGGCCCUCUCCACCCCCAGCACAGCGUCCCUCCAGUGACUGUGGCUGGUGUCUAUCUGAUGUUUCUUUUUAGAUUGUGAGCCCUUUGGGGACAGGGAGCCAUCUUAUUUAUUUAUUAUUUCUCUAUGUAAACUGCUUUGGAAAGCUUUGUUGAAAAGUGGUAUAUAAGUUGUUGUUGUUGGCCAUUGUUACUGAAGUGAGCAUCCGCCUCCAGCACCUUCCUAUAUUGCUGCUGCCUGAUAUAGGUGAUAUUUACUAGGCACAGUCUGGGAAGCACAUUGGCGGGGAUUUGAACUCACAGCCUCUUGCUCCCUAGGCAAGCUGCUUCCUCGCUGUGCCGCCACAGCUGAUGGCUUUCCACGUUGGAGUAGUGUUAAUCUCAUUCUGGAGCAGAUAGUUUGCAGGAUUUAGCUCUCCCCUCCUAUCGCUUUGUUGUUUGCAGGAUUCGCCCAUUUUAUUCCUCACUGUGCAAGGAAGGGGUCUCACUCCUUGUCAGAGGCAGUAAUCACUUUUCUGAAUACAUUAUUUAGCA